AUGAGAAACAAUACAGAUAAUGAAUAAGCCUAGGCUGACCGAAAGAUUUCUAACUUAACAGCAAUUCACUGCUAUGACUUCGAUCAAUUUUUUCCUCAUGUCAUAGAUGCUAUAUAGAAUUAUGCAAAGAUUCUGGAUCUUGAGGAUGCAAUUAAUGUCUGUAAAAAUGCAGAAAUUCCAAAAUAGGACAGGGAAUAGAGGUAUUUUAAGUUUUUUAAAGCUGUGAAGACAGAUGUCCUUCCUCUUGUCUAUGAUGAAAUAAAAAAUCUAAUUCCUGAGUGGAUUGAGCUUUUGACCAUAGAUGACAAUAUAGUUUGUGUUCAUACUAUGAAUGUACUUUAUCUCACAAUAAAUGAUGCCUACUAUAAAUCACUAAAUAAAGAGGACUAGAAUAUAAUGAAAUGGGCUAUUCUAUUACAUGAUAUCAAGAAAUUAGGACCUCCUCAUUUUACAGGAAAAGAUCAUAAUCAUCCCUUUAAGGGUGGGAAAGCUGUGCUAGAAGUUUUCCGUAGAAUAGGUCUUAUCAGAGCAGAAGAGAGUAUAUAUAAUACCGUAUUAGAAUUCAUAGAGAAUUCAAAGUAAGAAGCAGACCCUAAGAUAAACAGUAUAAUACCCUUUGGAUAAAAAGCCUGCUAAGAAAUGCACUCGCAUCAGUAUCUCAGUGAUAUUUUCCUGCUAAUUUGGCAGAAAAUAUCAAAACGAGGAACAUUUGUAGAUAUGGUAUUUAGAUUAGUAUUUUUCCAUCAAUCCUUGAUAGGUAUCAAAGCUAUUCCGGCUGCUGUUCCUCUAACUUAAGAGGAAAGGCUGAUCUAUUGUGAUGAGCACUUUUUCAAAUUAAUAAAGCUUUUGAUGAUUAAUGACUCUGUGUCAUAUAUGUAUGUGAUGGAUUUUGAUGAUAAACUGAAUUAGUGCCUUCAUGAUUUUGAAGAGAGCAGUGAAAUGAUGUUGAACGAUUAUAAUUAGAGAAAAGCAUUGCUAGAAUUUCAUUUGAAGACAGGACAGCUUUGA